AGAGAUGAUACUACUAAUACAGCUAGAUUGAUAAUUGUCAAGCUAAAGAAAGCUUUUGCUUUAGAUCUCCAAGUAAUACAAGAUCAUGUAAUUGUUUCUGCAUUAAACCAAUUUGAUGAUUUUUACAAAUCU